CCCGACAUGAGUGCAUACGUUUGUAAAGUUUUGGUUUUCGAAAGUGCUCGCAAACGACAAUCAAAGAGCGUGAAAUGCGUGAACGCGGAUGCGAGAAAGGUUAAUGCUGUUAAAAAGUGCUUGUUUGGAGUUGCCGAUCCCGAGGACACCAUGGAGUUACUAAGGCAACAAAUGGAAAUGGAGAGGUGCAGAUUCGAGGAACGAUUCGGAUUUCCGUUAGAGGAAAUUGAGAGGAUUGAGAAGGAAAAUGUGAACAAUGAUGAAAGGACCCAACGUGUUUACUGUGAGUCUCUGUUAACAAGGAGUUUGGGCAGUAAUGGAAGAAAGAGGAAAAACGACAAAGUUCAACCCCUUCUAACUGAUUAUUUCAAGGCCAAAAGAAAUAUUCAGCAAGAGAAAAAGACUGGACAAGAAAAUGAAAAAACUUUAUAG